UCCCGCUAAAAGUAAACCUAUAUCAAAUGCUCAUCCAAAAUUUGAAUCAAUAGCGCCAUUUUUCGUGCAUUCACCCGACGGAGAUUGAGCUGCGAUACAAUCGACACAUCCACCGGAAACACGGGUGGGGGUAAGGAUUUGGAAGCGGAGACCAGCUUCAUAAUGUCUGCAACAAAGGCGAGCGGUAAACGAGGAGUGUUGGAAUCGGAGAAUACUAAGUCCGAUCGAAGAAAACGAAUCGCCGUGGAGGACGAUUUUGACGCCGCCAUCUCCAGUGAUAUUAAAGGCAUCAUGAGUGCUCUUCAGCAGAUCAAAGAGAAGGCGCAGAAGGACGGACAGAAAAAGAACGAAGAGACGAUUUCUAGUUUGGCUUCAGAGAUCAAAUCAAGUCUGGAUGAGCUAAAGUCAAAACUUGAGAAAGAAAGGCAAAACUUUGCUAAGAUGCUGUCAAAGAACUCAAAAGAGUGUGAGAAUUUACUGAAGAGUGAGACUGCAAAAUUUCAACAAGUUUAUGACAAGUUCUGCAAGGACAAAAACUCACAUCUGCAGGCCAUGAAAGAUAUCAUUACCAAAUAUGAAGAGGAGAAGGAGAGGCUUUUUUCACGCUACGAACAACUAAGUAAGAAGGAGAAGAGUAUUCUGUCGGAACAUGAGAAGUCAAGUGCAGAAAAAAUAGCUCAACUGGAGGAAUCCCUCAAGAAAAAGAAGCAGGAUGAUAAAACCUUCAGCAUUUUAAGGAAAACCUUGGGGUCCUUUCUUGGAAAUGCUUCAGAUGAGGACUUCCUUCCUGAGGACUGAAAGAUUUUCCCCAAGCCCUGUCUUCUUAGCAGUUGGAUUUUAACUUUCUUUAAAAAAGAAGUUUUAUAGAGCAUUUAUCUGCCAAUUAUUUUGCCCAGUAUAUCUCUCUGAGUUUUUGUAUUGUUAAGACUUUAUUAGAUACAGUCUCUCACCACAUCUUCUCCUUCCAUUGUUACUACAGGUUGAUAUUAUUAAAAGCAAGCUUAUGUGUCCUAAUUGAGCUGGGCC